CUAAGGUCGCGUCAAUUGUGGUGAUCCCAUUUGCUGCGUCUGCACACCGCAUCCAAUCGGGGAGUAGAAAGGCCGUCACACCAUUCAUCGAGUCCUGAUAUGCUUAUUUCCAUGCAACAGUUAGGUAAUGAGUUCGGUCUUUAUCUAAUCGCCAUGUAAUCAUUAACUAUCAGAUAUCAAUCAAUAACAAAAUAAUAACAAUUUCAAAUUGAGGUAAACGUGGAAGUGCAUAGACUAACGCUAUAGAGACUCUGUUUCCCCGUUUAUACAAGAAAACAGAAAGGAUUAGGUUGACCAACGUUAUGGAAUAAGACAAUUGGUACCCUAACCAUAUUGCACACUAACAUCGAUGGGCCUCAAUAGUGAUUUUUAAAUAAUACUUCUGUUGUCUAUGAAUAAAUGCUAUUACAUCAGAGGUAUGGGCGGGGCAUCCUUGAGACGCACUGAGAUGAUCGCUGACAUUGACGAUGAAUAGGCUGACUACUGCUCGCCUGAACACCCAGCUGUCAAACACCAACAUGCUCAUCAACGGACCCAUAUGGCACGGAUUAACUCUUCAACUGUCAAGGAAGCAGAAGCUGAUGUUUUGGAGCUGGGACAAUUAGGAAGUUUCACUGCAUCAAAAUCGAAGCGACUUAAAAAAAACAGGUGAUCCGUUUUUAAGAGGACAAAUAAUCACCCGUAAACCUUACGUUAAGGAGCUGUAAUUUAAACAAAAAUUAAAGGAUAUUAAUUUCCAACUCCGCAUCCUACUCCACAACAUCCGAAGAGCUAAAUAAAAGUCAGCAGUACAAAAGAGAGAACCAGCAUACAUCCCGCUCGUCUCAACAAAAGUUAUCCCCCUAUGGAUGUGGAAUUCUAGCUGACCCAGGGCAACGGAUCUGUUGAACAGCAACUAACGCUCCGUCUUCAGCCGCACGCCGCAAUGCCUUCUCUUCACCACGGAGCCAUAUUCAUAGGGGUGAUGCUCAUCGUCACUGGGGGCUCCACAGCUUUUUUGCCGUCUAGUCAGAGUAGGCUACAGGCUUUCAGCUUGUGCUGUGUGGUCCUGGGCGCUGUGUUGCUCAUUCUGGGACUCUUCUGGGCGAUGAAUGGAAAGAGUACCCCAGUGACUUACAGCAACGAGUACAACCACGAUUACAGCCACGUCCUUUUCACCCCUCCGCCUGGGAACCACUUCCCAGAGUCGCAAUCCGUCUACUUGCAAAGGACUGUGGACAGACAGAGGAGAGGAGUUUAUGAGGAGGACUUUGACUAUCCACCGAUGGAGCCCACCUGCUUCAGCCCCUCAGGGAGAGGGCGGCCCCCUCACUGGGACUUGGAGCCUCCUCCUCCAUACGAAGUGGCUAUCAAAACCACAACGAGCUCCACACACCUGAGGAGAAGCUACUCUGACUCAUUCCGGCCGACAGAGCCUCUCUUCGGCCGCUCGCGAGAGAUCAGCUUUGAGGUGUGAUGGCGCCAUUUUGACUCAAGCCUCCUGAUUCUCUGAGACUUGUGUUGAGUGAUUCCCCAGGCCGACCCUUUCUAUAAUACACAAACCUGUGAUUAAGAUGCAAGCCUUACCCAUAUAUGCACAGCUUCAAUAUUUUGGCAUCCCUGUGUACAACUUCUCUUCCAUUUAUCCAGGUUUAUUUUUGUGAUGUUUAAAAUAUCCUUUUGGCUUCCAUGUUUUAAAUCAUAGAGCUUCUGCACAAGCGGCUGCAAAGAGAGAUCGACUUUGCCCUCCUGAAGGGUGGAAGCUGUGUUUGCCCUCCUGAAGGGUGGAAGCUGUGUUCGCCCUCCUGAAGGGUGGAAGCAGUGUUUGCCCUCCUGAAGGGUGGAAGCAGUGUUCGCCCUCCUGAAGGGUGGAAGCAGUGUUUGCCCUGUAUCCUGAGGUCAAAUGAUUUGGAGGUAGCCACUAAACCACUGAGAUCUAAAUAAGAAGUGUUUAUCUGGUCUGGACAAAUAUUCUUCAGUAAUCUCCUUGAUACGGCUUUCUUGUUACUAAUGUACGGUAAUCUUCUCUUUCUGGACUGAUGUUCGGAUGGUGGCAUUUGAACAUGUGGGAAUGACAAACAGCUCGUAAAUUAGUAAAUAUUAUAUAAAUAAACACAUAUUUGCAAAACCUUACCUUUAAUCAACAUAUUAUAACUCAGGUUUUACAGAAGUCUGUUGCACUAAUCAUUCAGAAGGUUCUCGCUACCUCACACACUUGAGUCUUCUAAAGUCCUGUAAGUCUACUGCAGUCAUAGAAACAUUUAGAAUCAGAAUCAGGUUUUAUUGGCCAAGUAAGUUUGCACAAACAAGGAAUUUGACUUGGUAAAGAGGCUCUC